AUGCCUCCGCCCGAGUCCCGCCCCCUCCUUGUUCCUCAAAACCGCAAGCUUCGUCACCUGCGCGGCAUCUACCUCCGAAACCUGAGUUUCAUUCGCCCUCGAGGCCACACUAUUGACGAUACUGCUCUGAAUAAGACGCCCUCGAAGCUCGAAUCUCUUCGCGAUGCCCCUCAGCUCCAACAUGCCCUCUCCAGCGGCAAUCUGCGACCCAAAGCUCCGCGCCGCCGCAGCACUGCCCUCGCCCAAGCCACUCCAGUGACGCGACAGCGCAUGCUGCAGUUGACCGUCGACGGUAGAGCUGCCGAUGCCUUCUUCUCGCUGCAUUGCGAAGGCGAGGAUGAGCCGGUCUAUAUCAGCGAGAUGCAGGAGCAUGCGACGAACUUCAAUUUCCAAUUCUUCGAUCUCAAUCAUCACGGUCCCUCCGUCACUCGCUCACCUGUCUUGACGAUCAAAAUCUGGGCGAAACGAACAUCGUGGACCCUCCUGCUCCAACACACAAUCGAUCUCCGAAGCCUGCAUUUCAUCGGCAGCCUCCAGAAUCGCAAGUUCCCGCCCAACGGCCUCAUCUUCCACCUCGCCGACGGUAUAUACUCGCUCGAUGUUCCGGCUAAGCCCACACAACCAAAGGAGCUGCCACCCCUCCACACGUCGUCGUAUAACGCCCUCAUGAAACUCGCGACCCUGGACAACUCGAUCCAGGACGCCAUCGCGACACAGGAGCAGCUCAUGUCACAAAUCAACCAAAUCCUCGACAAAACCCCGCACAAUGAGACACCGGCCGCCGAGGAAAAAGUGAAGCUGGCCAAUAAGUAUGUGGCGCAAGAGCUGCGAUCCUUAAAGGCAGCUGAAAAGCGGCGAGAAGAGCUACGCGCAUCUCUCAAGUCGCGCCGAGAGGCCAUUGCCCAAGGCCGCGCUCUUCAAGACAAGCUGGCAAAGGAUAUCGUGGACGCCACGGAGAACCUGUCGGCAUCCAAGGACGUUCUUGCCCAGACCAAAGAGACAAUUCGCGGUCAGCGCCGCCGUAUCUGCGCAGAUCUCGGUAACAUUUACCAGAUCACCCCCUCCCCGACGGGUGCUCCGCUCUCUUUUCAGAUCUCGGGUUUGCCGCUCCCGAACACAACUUAUGACACCGCUACUUCUCGAGGGCCUGACGAUGACCUUCUCUCCGCCGCGCUGGGUCAUGUUGCUACCCUAACGAAUGCGCUGCAGUACUACCUCUCUGUGCCGCUCCCGUAUCCCGUCACCCCUUUCGGCUCACGAUCCUCGAUCCGCGAUGAUAUCUCUCUCCUCACCGACCUGAACUCGGCGCAGGCGGCUCGGCAGCGUGAUUUUCCUCUGUACCUGCCACGAGGUGGCUCGACCGCAGCCCAGUAUCGAUUCGACUAUGGCUGGUUCAUUCUCAACAAGAAUAUCGAGGCCCUCUGUGCAAGCCAGGGAUUGAAAGUUGUCGACAUCCGUCACACCCUGCCGAACCUCAAGUACCUUUUAUACGUGUGUAGCGCGGGUACUGAAGAAGUUCCCGAGCGGAAGCGCGGAGGCGUCCGUGGCCUCUGGGCAGGACGGUUCAAGGGUCGCAUCCCGUCGUCGGUUGCAGGCGUUGGCGACGGAGACUCGAGCAGCGUCGGUGGCAGUCGCCGUGGUAGUACCGACAGCGAAGUGCUCAGCCGCCAGCGUGACGAGCUCCGGAAGGCUCUGACCAUUCGCGAUGGAGCUAACUCCCCAGUCGACUACGACUUCACUCAUAACGGCAACGGUGGAUCUGCGGGCCUGCCGUUCGAUGAAUUCAAAGUAUCGUUGAGAACCAAGGGGAUGAGAGAAAAUGCUGGAAAGUGA